AUGGCAUUGAAGAUGCACGCCGCCGCCGCCGCCGUGGCUCUCGCUGUGCUGAGUGUUUUCUGCCGCCUCGACCAACUGUCUGCAGACCGGGCCAAACAGAACCAGAACCAGACCGACAGAAACAACCAGACAGAUGAGACGGAACCAAAGAAGAAGAAGAACCAGCCGCACAUCAUCUUUAUCCUCAUAGACGACCAGGGCUUCAACGACAUCGGCUACCACAACCCGACCAUCAAGACCCCCACUCUGGACAAGCUGGCGGCGGAGGGCGUGACUCUGGAGAAUUACUACGUGCAGCCGAUCUGCACGCCGUCGCGCAGCCAGCUGCUCACCGGCAGAUAUCAGAUCCACACAGGCCUGCAGCACUCGAUCAUCAGACCCAGCCAGCCCAGCUGUCUGCCCGCUCACAUGGACACGCUGCCCCAGAGGCUCCGAGAGGCCGGGUACUCCACACACAUGGUGGGCAAGUGGCACCUGGGCUUCUACAGGAAGGCGUGCCUGCCCACCAGAAAGGGCUUUGACAGUUUCUUUGGAUCUCUGACAGGAAGUGUGGAUUACUACAGCUACGGGUCGUGCGACGGCCCCGGGGUUUGUGGGUAUGAUCUCCAGGAGGACGAGGGCGUGGCGUGGGGCCAGGAAGGGAAAUACUCCACAACGCUUUUCACACAGAGAGCCCGCAAGAUCCUGGAGACUCACAACCCCACGGAGAGGCCGCUCUUCCUGCUGCUCUCCCUCCAGGCAGUCCACACUCCUCUGCAGCCUCCCAAGUCCUACAUCUACCCGUACCGGGACAUGGCUAACGUCGCCCGCAGGAAGUUUGCCGCCAUGGUGUCCACAGUGGACGAGGCGGUGCGAAACGUCACCUACGCCCUGAGGAAGUUGGGAUACUACAGGAACAGCGUCAUCAUCUACUCCACCGACAACGGAGCCCAGCCGUUCACAGGAGGCAGCAACUGGCCGCUGCGAGGAGGAAAGGGCACAUAUUGGGAAGGGGGAGUUCGUGGAGUGGCGUUUGUCCACAGCCCGCUGUUGAGACGCAGGAGACGGGUGUCCAAAGCUCUGCUGCACAUCACCGACUGGUUCCCCACUCUGGUGGGCCUCGCCGGGGGGAACAUCAGCCAGAGUCAGGGUCUGGAUGGAUUCGAUGUCUGGCCCACCAUCAGCGAGGGGAAGGAGUCGCCCCGUCAGGAGAUCCUUCACAACAUCGACCCUCUGCACAAACCUCCGUUGCAAACCAUGAAUUGGGACGUCAGCACGGAGAGAGCUAAGGCAAGCAAAUCGAAAGGCCCAAAGAAGCCAAAGAAGAAGAAGAAGAAGAUCCUGAGGCAGAAACCGAGGCAGAAGUCAGCUUUUAGGGUGAAGAAACCCCAUCCUGCUGCUAAACCUGCACCCACACUUAAAUCCAAGCCUGUUCCCAAAACCAAGCUUAAGCCCUCUCCCAAAACCAAGCUUAAGCCCGCUCCCAAAACAAAGCUUAAGCCCUCUCCCAAAACAAAGCUUAAGCCCUCUCCCAAAACAAAGCUUAAGCCCUCUCCCAAAACAAAGCUUAAGCCCGUUCCUAAAAUAGCAAAAAAGGAAGUUAUCAAACAAAAGCUUAAGCCUGUUCCCAAACCGAAGCUUAAGCCCGUUCUAAAAUCAAAACCCAAACCCACAUCCAGGACAAAAGUUUACCCCCUGACCCCGAGACUGCCGACAUACAAUCCAUCGGGUUCGGGAACAUCUCGCCCUAAAUCUCAGCCUCAGAUCCAGCCACGCUUGAAGCGAAAAUCCAGGAGAAACACAUCGCAGAAGUUUUCACACUCAAGACCACCUCAGCGUAAAUCCAAGACGGAGCACACAUUACAUUUCCAGUCGAGGAGGACGUCCUCCCAGUACCAGAACAUGUCUCAGGCAGGAGCACCGCAGCCUAAAUCCCAUCCGACGCCCCGGUUUAGUUUCCCGUCAGUGUGGGACGCUUCGGUCCAGGCUGCCAUCAGAGUGGGAGACUGGAAGCUGCUGACAGGAGACCCAGGCCACGGAGACUGGGUCCCGCCACAGGUUAUGUCCACUCUCCCUGGUCGCUGGUGGAAGCUGGAACGUCCCGUCUCCCCGCUCCCCAAAUCCUCCUCCGCCCCGAAGAACGUGUGGCUCUUCAACAUCACGGCGGACCCCUGCGAGCGGCAGGACUUAGCAGCGCAGAGACCGGACGUCGUGCAGCAGCUCAUGGCUCGACUGGCCUUCCACAACCGAACGGCCGUGCCCGUUUAUUUCCCGCCCGACGACCCUCGAGCCAAUCCCAGCAGGCACAGCGGGGCCUGGGUUCCCUGGGUGGAGGAAGAGGAGGACGAGGAGGGGAAAUAUCACGGCGUGUACAAGAAAGAGAAGAUCAAGAAGAAGAAGCCAAAGUGCCCGCUUUGCAAACUGCAGUCGUUCUUUCUGAAACUGAACACCGGGAUGAUGUCCAAUCGGAUCUGAGGAGUCCACUUUUUAGAAUAUUGUUUGGUACAUCGUCGCUUCCUUAAAUCAAUGAUAAGAGAGAUAAUCAGGUGAGUUCAUUCCAGUCAGUGGCGGCAACAGAGUAUUUUUGUUGGGUAAUCUAUGGUAGGGCUAACCCAUACAGUGGUGGGGCUCAAGUCAGUAUUUGCAAUGUAAUUAAAUACACGCUAUAUCGCCCCCCUUGACAGUGAAAUGCCACGCGUGAGGUUUAGAUUAUUUCCCUGUCUCAAUCAAAAUGG